AUGGAAUUUCAAUUUGCUACUCAAUAUCUACGCACCUUAUGUGUCCAUAAAUCAACGUCUAAGGUAGAAAAAGGAAGCAUCGUUGAUGUGGAUCUGCAGCAAAGAAAAAAGAAACUUUUUAGCAACGCGGUUAUUUAUUUAUAUUUAUUGGAUCCAGAAGAAGAUCUGUCGGAGUUAUCAUGA